UUUCUUUCCAUGUCCCAGCACCCACCCCCACAAUUUGACGUCCUCAUAGUGGGCGCCGGCGUUGCUGGUUGCGCCCUCGCCCAUGCCCUCUCCACCGAGCUGCGCUCAACUCCGCUACGAAUUGGCCUGCUUGAACGGUCUUUGGAAGAGCCAGACCGGAUAGUCGGCGAGCUAAUGCAACCGGGCGGGGUUCUGGCACUGCGAAAGCUUGGGCUGGAAGGCGUAUUGGAGGGUAUUGAUGCUGCUCCAGUCGAGGGCUAUUGCGUCUACGAUGCUGCGCGCGGUAAAGUGGUCAAAAUUCCGUAUCCAGGAGGUCAUAGAGGGCGGGCAUUCCACCACGGCAGGCUUAUUAUGAAUCUAAGGGCUGCUGCACAAAAGGCAAAAGGUGUCGAGGUCAUCGAGGCGACAGUAACAGACCUCAUAGAAGACGCUUCUUCCCGAGUUGUUGGAGUACGAGCCUCAGUAAAGGGAGAGGAGGAUAAGCGGACGUUUUCAGCGCGGUUGGUUGUCAUUGCGGAUGGCUGCUACUCGAACUUCCGGAGCGUGGUGCUUGGCCCAGCAGGAAAACCGGUCACGAAAAGCCAUUUCAUCGGUGUUGUGCUUGAAGACGCAGCCUUGCCCAUUGCCAACCAUGGUACUGUCUGCCUCGUCAAAGGUUCAGGGCCCGUGCUAUUAUACCGCAUCUCCCAAAACGACACCCGCAUUCUUAUUGACGUCAAAACACCAAUACCGGCCGACCUGAAGACACAUAUCCUCGCCAAUAUUGCACCACAACUCCCACAAUGCACGCAGCCUUCUGUUAUUCGAGCAAUCGAGAAGGACCGCCUGCGGCGCAUGCCCAACUCUUGGUUACCCUCGACACCACAAACCAGCGCUUCAUCAAAACCCGGGGUCUUGCUCAUUGGCGACUCUUGGAAUAUGAGGCAUCCAUUGACGGGCGGUGGAAUGACAGUCGCAUUGAAUGAUGUGGCCUCGCUCAAACCAUUGUUGGGUGCCGUUGAGAAUCUUGAUGACUGGAGGGAGGUCAAGGGAGCGUUGGACGCUUGGUUUGUGGCUCGGAAACCGCUGGCGUCGACCGUGAACAUUCUGAGCGUGGCAUUAUAUGAUUUGUUUGGGGCAGAUGCACCGGAACUGGAGGUUCUAAGGACAGGUUGCUUCAAAUAUUUCGAACUUGGGGGAGAAUGUGUCAACGGACCGGUCUCUAUUCUCUCUGCGCUCGCCCCAUCUCCUGCACUUCUCACGUAUCACUUCUUCCGUGUUGCGUUCUACGCAAUCUGGGUCAUGUUCACACACCCCCGAGCUAUUCCUGGAGAGAAAACGCGUCUCGCGCCGCCCCGACUCGAUGAAUACCCUUUCCUCUUUCUUCGGAGUCUGCAAGUAUUCUAUACAGCCUGUGUGGUGUUUGGACCGCUCUUAUGGGAGGAGAUGGUCGUUCACGCAAUGCCCAGUCGGAUGCAGAUAUUGGUUUCGCUUGCUACGCUCGGUGUUGGCUACGCAUUAUUCUUAUAA